GCCCCGCCCCCGGCGCACGGUCCACGCGGUGCGAGCGGCGCCCGCCUGCGGGUCUGACCAUGGGCGAGCCUCCGGCCGCCGUGCGCGCCUUCCUGCGCCAGCACCCGAGUCUGCGGCUGGAGCCCGGCGCGCACAAGGUCAAGUGCGUCCUCACCGGCCACGAGCUGCCCUGCCGUCUGCCGGAGCUCGAGGUCUACACCCGCGGCAAGAAAUACCGGCGGCUGGUCCGCGCCAACCCGGCCUUCGACUACGCGGAGUUCGAGCCGCACAUCGUGCCCAGCACCAAGAACCCGUACGUGCGCGGGGCCGCUGCGGGCGGGCUCCGAGGGGACGUGCCCACCGUGGUGAGGCACCAGCUGUUCUGCAAACUCACCCUGCGGCACAUCAACAAGUCCCCAGAGCAUGUGCUGAGGCACACCCAGGGCCAGCGGUACCAGAGAGCCCUGUGUGAAUAUGAAAAGUGUCAGAAGCAGGGUGUGGAAUAUGUGCCCGCCUGCCUCCUGCACAAGAGGAGGAGGAAGGAAGCCCAGAUGGACGGCACUGGGCCACCUCACUCAAGAGAAGCCUUCUGGGAACCUGCAUCCAGCGAGGACGAUGCAGCUGCCAGUGACAGUGAGGACAGCAUGACAGACCUGUACCCACCCGAGUUGUUCACCAGAAAGGACCUGGGAAGGACUGAGCCUGGCGACAGCAGCAGUGACUUUUUGACAGAAGACGAGGACGGGAAGCCAAGGCUCACACCAGGGAAGGGCCCUGGGGACAGAGAAGAGAUGGAAGUGGCCCAGGCACUAGUUCACAAGCGUGGGAAGAAGCAGUUGAGUUUGUCAAAGAAGAAGUUCAAAAGUCAUCAUCGUAAAGCUAAGAGCUUCAGCUCUCUUAAACACUGUGGUUAAUAAACGGCUGCUGGAGAAAGCACAUGUAGAGAGCCUGAGAGUCCUUCAGACACUCGACCCCGUGUUCCUCUUCAUGCCGUCUGCGGUGCAUCCUCUCAACUGCUGGGGUGUCCCAGGCCCUUCUCCAUCCACUCCAUGUUGGUGGGCUGGGGUCUGGCCCCCAGGCUCAGGGGCACACUCCCCCGUCCCCAAGAAACAGCAGGGACCCCGAGGGAAGAAUUAUGUCUGGACAUGGCUUCUAAGUGGUCCUCAGUGAAGCCUAGGGGUCCGUCAGGCUCACUCAGCGUCUGAGGAGAGGCCUGGCGAGGCCUCACCCCAGCUGGACAACACCAGAGGACCACACUGCGUACAACAAAUGCCAUUAUUUAUUUUGAUGUUUUCAAAAAUCAAAACGUUUUCAAACACAACUAAGAUAUAAAAUACAGCAUAAAAUGAGAUUUAUACCUAUUUCCCACAUAAAGCAAAAAAAUUUUCAGAAA